CCAUGCGCGUGCUUCGCACAGGUCUCUAGAACGUAGAGAGGGAUGAUGGCGGAAGAAGAGCAUCGUUGAGUCCGCAAACAGUUUUUUGGAAAUAGAACUAUCAUACUGCAGUUUAAUAAUAUUAUCAUCGGUGGUCUCCCUAAGAAGAGGCGAUGGGGAACGAAGCCAGCCUCGAGGGAGGGGGACAACCCGGUGAGCCGGGCUCCAUGGUUGGGAUGGCAGGAGCUGCAGGAUCCGUUUCAGCACCACCGGGCGCUGGACAGCACAUCAAGCCUGUGAACGGUACUGCAGCUGGGGGAGGAGCGGUCACGGGACCCGGAGCAGGGAUGAACAGGAUGGCUGGUGGAAGUCCCAAACCUGGAGGAAUGGGGAUGGGCAUGGGUGGAGGGAUGGGUGGAGGGAUGGGCAUGGGAGGUGGCAUGGGAGGUGGCAUGGGAGGUGGCAGCCGGGGAGACACGUACAGGCUGGCCACUCAUGAGAGCCCUCACGCUCCCCAGCUGUCGCCCAGCCCGAGCCCCACCCCGUCUCAGAUGUCAGCCGGUCAGGGCGCGGGGCAGCACGCCUCCAGACGGAACCUCCAGGUGGACGUCAGUGGCGGUGGGCGCUCCGGCCGCUCGCCCUCCGUGUCCCCGGACCGGGGCAGUGCCCCGUCCUCGCCUUACUCCGUGCCACAGAUCGCCCCCAUGCCCAGCAGCAAGCUUUGCCCCAUCUGCAAGACCACCGAGCUCACCACCUCUAACAACACGCCCAACUUCAACAAGUGCACCCAGUGUCGCUCCACCGUCUGCAACCAAUGCGGCUUCAACCCCAACCCACACCUCACAGAGGUGCAGGAGUGGUUGUGUCUCAACUGUCAGAUGCAAAGAGCCCUGGGGAUGGACAUGACCACACCGCGCUCCAAGAGCCAACAGCAGAUCCACUCGCCCUCCCACAAGCCCAAGCCCCAAGCUGAGCCCCAACCCCAGCCCCCACCACAGACCCAGCCCCAGGCCCACCCUCCAGCUCAGCCCAAGCCUCAACAACAGCCCCACGCCCAGCCCCAGUCACAGCCUCAUGCCCAGCUACCCUAUGCCCCGCAGCAGCAGCAGGGGUAUCAACAGCAGCAGCAGCAGGGGUAUCAACAGCAGCAGCAGCAGGGGUAUCAACAGCAGCAGCAGGGGUAUCAACAGCAGCAGCAGGGGUAUCAGCAGCAGCAGCAGGGAUAUCAGCAGCAGCAGCCUCACCCAAUGCCCCAUGCCCAGCCUCAGCAGCUCAAACCUCAGCCCCAGACCCAAAUCCAGCCCCAGGCUUCCCCGGGGCCUCCCAGGCACAUGGGGCCGUCUGGGCAGCAGCAGCAAAUGCCACAUCAACAGCUGCCACAUCAACAGCAGCAGCAGCAGCAUCCACAGCAGCAGAUGCCGCAGCAGCAGCCAUAUCAACAGCAGAAUCCAGGCCAGUUUGGUCAGCCCGGGCCUGCAGUAGGUGGAGGUCAGGGCGGCGGGCCCAGGAUCCCUCACCCUGGGGCCGUGCCCCUCCCCGGCCUGGCCAAGGCCCCGUCCCAGCCCGACUUGGGCCGCGGCUCUCCGCUACACUAUGGUGGCGGUGGAGGAGGUCCGCAGAUCCGCAGUGCCGGGAGCUCUCCGGCCCGCAAGCCUGCGGUGGCCGCCCAGGGCCAGGCGCAGGAAGGCCUGACCAAGCUGUUCGGCUUCGGAGCCUCGCUGCUCAACCAGGCCAGCACGCUCAUCUCCGUGGACCCUCUGCCGGGCUCCUCGCCGCAGCCGUCCCCGGCCCGCUCCAACGCCGGCGGGCCCCGCGUCCUCUUCAGCGACGGCUCCUCAGGCACCAAAGGGCCCGGUCCACCAGGAGGCACCGGUGCCGCCAAGCCCGCAGGGGGAGCUCCCUUCCAGCAGGGGCCCCACGCGCCACCACAGCAGCAGCAGCAGCAGAGGCAGCCCGGGCAGCAGACACCCGUCCAUGGCUCUCCGGCGCAUCAGCAGAAGCCUCCCAUGCAACAGCAGCAGCAGCAGUCCCCAGCACAUCAGUCCAAGAUGCAGCAGCAGCAGCAACCCAAGCAGCAACAGCAGCAGCAGCAGCCGAAGCCUGUCAAGCAGGAGCCGACACCCCAGCAGCAGGCGGCCCCCGUGCCAAAGGUCGAAUGUCCACUCUGCAAGACGGCGCUCAACAUCGGCUCGACUGACCCGCCGAACUACAACUCGUGCACGCAGUGCCACACGCAGGUGUGCAACCUGUGCGGCUUCAACCCCACGCCACACCUGGUGGAGAAAAAAGAAUGGCUCUGCCUGAACUGUCAAACACAGCGGCUAAUGUCAGGCGGGCUCGGAGACAUGCCUCUUCCUGUUCCCCAGCCGUCUCCUAAGCACCAACCAAUGGGAUCGCCUCGACACCAGGCACCGGCCAGUCAGCAGCCAGCUCAGCAGCCGCCCUCUCAGAAAGUGUCCAAUCAGCAGCAGGACGGGAAGGCAAUGCCAUCACAGCAGAAAGCUCCCUUGGCUCAGGGGAGCGGUCCCUUCGCCCCAACGGCUGCUAAGGCACCUGGGGAUGCAAAAGCCCCUGUACAGACCACUACCCCCAGCGAGACGCAGAAACAGCAGAAGAAUUUGGAGAAGGAUAUCACCACCUCCAAAACGGAGAAGGAAUCCGAGUCCAAGGACUCUAAGCCUGCUCUUAAGAAGGGAAUACAAGAGCAGACACCAACCAUUACUCCAGCUAAAGAUGAGAAGAGGGAAUCUCAAAAGUCAAGAUAUUAUGAGGAGGCGAACAAAACAAACAGCACCCAUGACCUCUCCAGGAGUCCCCAGAGCCUGAGUGACACUGGGUACUCCUCAGACGGCAUCUCGAGCUCACACAGCGAGAUCACCGGCCUUAUCCAGGAGGAGGAGAUGAAGCUGAGUGAGAGAGGCCUGACCGGCUGCCACACUCCUCCCAGCCCCUCCGAGAUCACCAAGCUGGAGAGCUCCAUGAGACCACUGCUGGAGUCCAAGGUGAAAGACCAGGAGAAGGACAGGGAGCAUGAGCGUGGCAGAGGUCGGCAUCAUUCCCGAGACGCGGGACAUCGGCCACAUUCGCUUUCGGUCAGUCCUGAGGCUUACGACUCAGACGAAGAGUUGGAGGACAUCAUGGAGGAAGAGGAAGAUCUGGCCGACUGGGAGGCCAAACGAGAGCUUCGCGCCAUGGCUGCCGCAGGAGAGGAGAGUGGUCACAAAAAGAAACCAGAUCCCUCUGAAAUGACCGAUGAGGAGUAUAUGAGGAGGCAGAUUAUGGAGAUGAGUGCAGAUGAGGAUAACGAAGAGGAAGAGGAGGAGGAAAUGGAGGAGGAGGAAGAGGAAGACGAGGGAUAUGGAUACCAAAAAUCGAAAAAGACACACAAGCACACCAGCGAAUCAGGGAAAGAGAAACGGCGCCUCACACAUCACUCAAGCAGCUUCGAGGAAGAAACCAAAUCCAGUGACGUGAAAAAAGGCUAUGCUGAGGAAGGAGAGGAGGACUUGAUGGCCUCACAAGGUGGUCUGCGCCGAUUUAAGACCAUAGAGUUAAACAACACAAACAGCUACACCCGAGACAUCGAACUGAGCAAUGAGAAUGACCUAAGCCUGGACAGAGAACCCGAGCUUGAGAUGGAAAGCCUCACAGGCUCCCCAGAGGAGCGUUCAAGAGGAGAGUACUCCUCCACUUUACCACCCACCACCUCCAGCUACACCUCUGGCACCUCGCCCACUUCCAUCUCCUCGAUGGAGGAUGACAGCGACAGCAGCCCCAGCCGUAGGCAGAGGCUGGAAGAGGCCAAGCAGCAGAGGAAGGCCCGUCACCGCUCUCACGGCCCACUGCUGCCCACCAUCGAGGACUCUUCGGAGGAGGACGAGCUGAGAGAGGAAGAGGAGCUCCUCAGGGAGCAGGAGAAAAUGCGGGAGGUAGAGCAACAGAGGAUACGCAGCACGGCCCGAAAGACCAAACGAGACAAGGAGGAAUUGAGGGCUCAGAGGCGGAGGGAGAGGUCCAAAACUCCUCCCAGUAACCUGUCUCCCAUUGAAGAUGCCUCCCCCACAGAGGAGCUGAGACAGGCUGCUGAAAUGGAGGAAUUGCACCGAUCCUCCUGCUCAGAGUACUCUCCCUCUAUUGACUCGGAGGCUGAGGGCUAUGAGGUAUCAUCCAAGCUCUACAAGUCCGGCAGUGAGUACAACCUUCCAACAUUUAUGUCUCUGUACUCUCCCACUGAAAAGCCUGAAACGACCUCCUCUACCACAACCACGACUACCUCAGUGAGUGGCAAGCCUUUAAAGAGUGCCGAAGAGGUCUAUGAAGAAAUGAUGAGGAAAGCAGAGAUGUUGCAAAAGCAACAGAAGCAGCAGCAGCAGCAACCGCAGCAGCAGUCUCGCUCAGGGCAGCAGUACAACACAAGCGCCUUUCAACAGGAGGGCAUAAGAAAUGGACAGCAGUAUGAGGAUGAGUAUGAAUAUGUCGAUCAAGAUGAAACUGAGUAUGACAAUGAGGAGAGUGGGGAUAUCUAUGAAGAGAUUCGUCAGACCUCCCAGAACAUCACAAAAGAGUUGGAUGAACAAGGGGAUAUUGAGGGGACCUAUCCUGACAAGCAACUCCUAGAUACAGGCUCAGCUUUUGCCAAACUGCUGGAGCAAAGUAAUGCCCUUUUGACCCCUGGCACUAGCCCCACUCAACUCUCAGCCCCUGUUUCAUUCGCUGAAACUGGGAGGGGCAUUCCUGACGUACGUGUGACUCAGCAUUUUUCAAAAGAUGCUCAAAAAGACAGGCUCAAAGGUCAAGCCGGUAAAAAUGGCAUAACUCCUGUAGCUGCGGCCACUACGAUAGCAGCCUACGGUGUAUACGCUAGAGAUGCCGUAACAGUCUCCCACACCAGUGUCAGUCACACAGUGACCUCAACACAGUCUAAUUUGUAUGGCCGCCAAACUGGCAGCACUGCCACAACUACUACCACAGUCUCAAACGUCUCCAGCAAAAUAGCAGAGAUGACUCAGGCAUACAGUCAAAGAGACAGCUCAGGAAGGAGGGUGGCCGAGAGCAGAGGAGUACAAAUGAGAGACAGUUCAACCUCAUCAGAAACCACAAUGGAGCCUCGUACAACCAAAGUGUACUCUUAUUACAAAAGUUCCAGUCCUCCACUCUCCCCAACUACAUCGCCAACACACAGCCCAACACACCACAGUAGGAGGACAGCGGAAUUUUCAACCCAGACAUUCAGUUCUGCGCAAGCAGGGGGUUCCCCUACCUCUCCAGUGAUAGCUCAGGGGACCCAGACACCCCACAGGUCAGCGUCUCCUCGUCUUUUCAGACAACAGUCCUCGCAAGAGGCUCCAAUGGAUUAUGAGCCCACAAGUCCUUCUAGGCCAGUGACUGUCAACACUGCCACUUCUCCUCUCUCCUCACCCACAAGAUUCAGUCGUCAGUCUACUUUCGAUUCCUACUCCCCACCCAUGAGCCCUCCAGACACACCACCUCAUCAGCAGUCACCUUCCCAUGGUCUCUACAGGACCCGCCGUGUUGAGAAAGUCAGUGUUGGCACAAGCAUGGUCACAACUGCAAGCACAUACACUCGUGGGUCUCUCUCUAUGGAAAACAUAUCACUCUGCAGAAUAUCUACUGUUCCGGGCACCUCCAGAGUGGAACAAGGUCAAAUGAUUCUUGGUGGGAGUGUAGUAGACCUGAGGACUCCAUUAAAGCCAACUCCAAUUAUCAUGACAGACCAGGGGAUGGACUUAACUUCAUUAGCCACAGACUCACGAAAGUUCUCAGGCAGUGCAGAGGGCAGCCCUAUUCGGCACUCAACAAUUGUCCAGCCACUGAUCAUGAACCUCAAUGCUCAGGAGCAACCACAUGUGAUGGCUUCGACACCUACGACUGUGAGUGUCACAGUGGCAGCAUCCAUGUUCAUUUCUCAACACAAGCAACCUGUUAUAUAUGGCGAUCCUCUCCAGAACAGAAUGGAUCUGGGUCAGGGUAUGGUAGCUGUGUGCCUGGCUCCAUCAAAGCCUGUUCAGAUCGACCCAACAAUUCCAAAGAUUGAUGCAAAGCUUGAGGACUUGAGCCUUCAGCAGGAGCAGCUACGUAAGCAGCAGCAAAAGCUUCAACAGCAGCAGCAGAUACUGGAACACCAGCUUCAGCAGCAUCACCAACUGCAGCAAACUGGUUCAUUUUCAAGAUUCAACCUGAGCGGUCAAACCCCAGUGCUAAAGAAAGACCUGGUGGUGAGCCAAACCAGCAGUGCCCAACCUGUUGUCAGUGCCAUAUCACCUGCUGGUGAGAUGUACAGUGCUGGGGCGCCCAUUGAGAUGCCACCUGCGCAAGGUAUAGUGAACCUGGCCACUACCAAACCUCAUACAGUGAUGGUACAGAUGGAUGGUAUAUCACAAGGAGGUCCAGUUUCCCAGCUUAUUAGGCCAGAAGAGGGUCAGGAUAUUGUAGAUCUGACUGGCCAGAUUAAAGCAGAAAAUCAAGUAGCCUGCUGUGAUGUUGUUUACAAUUUACCCUUCGGUGGCAGUUGUGUUGGAGGUCCGUUCUCCCAAAAGCCAAAUGCAGAGGAAGCACCUGGUGUCAGUGAGCCCCCACGCCCACCAUCUGCACCUCCACAACUUUACCAACCAAUUGAGACUGGUGUAGAUGCCCUGAAUUAUCAGGAUAUAGCUAUGAAAUCCUAUACACUGCCCUUCCCUAGUCGGCUACAACCAUCUAUGUCCGACACUAACCUAGCUGAUGCAGGACUAUCGUCCUUCCAUUCAAAGCUUGACCCACACCUUCAAGCAUCUGGAGAAUAUGCUGUGGAUCUCAGUUCAAUGAAAAAUCCCUAUGAACGAGGUCAGAUGGGCUUUGGACUCCAGUAUGGUUCUUAUACUGAUUUACGACAUGGAGGAGAUGUGACAGUUCCUCCUCUACCUAUAAGAAGAUACAACUCUCUAUCUAACAUUAGUGCAGACUAUGGAUACUCUGCUCGAGAUCUAGCAAAUUUCCAGGAGUCUAAUCUUGCUCAAUAUAGUGCAACUACUGCUCGGGAGAUAAGCCGUAUGUGUGCAGCCUUGAAUUCAAUGGACCGCUUUGGCAGCAACCCUGAUCUUGCAGCGCAAUUUGGUACUGGAAGAGGAAGUAUUCCACCAGGUAGAAUGGGUCUGCCACAAGGUCUGGCAGGACUCAGGCCCAAUCUAAUGUAUGGUCCAGAUGGAAAGCCUCUCUCUCACAGUCAAGCAUUAACCAAUCUCAUUAAUGCCAGACAAGCAAGUCUUAGAGCAAUGUACCCAUCUGCCAUAAGAUCUGCUGACGGUAUGACUUUCUCCACAAUCAACACUCCCAUUGCCUCCACCGUACCAAUCACAACACAGCCAGCCUCUGUGCUAAGGCCAUUGCUCAGAGGUGUUUACAGGCCAUACCCCACACCAAACAUGACCCCAGUGCCUCUGGCCAGCCUCACUAGAAUGCCUGUGAUGACUCCAAGGAUACCCAUGUCUGGACAGGGCCCAUGCCGUUUCCCAGCACCCAGCCAAUUCCCAACAACCACCGCUGCUGCAGUCAGUGAGCCACCUCCAAUGACCAUGGUUCAAGAUGCUCCUAUGUACCUUGGGAAGUCUCCUGUGAGCUCUGCAGUAUCCGGGACUAUCACUGCUCCCAUAUCAUCUGGUGCACUAGGUGCCCAGCCCACAUCAAUGCUAGGACCAACACCCAUUGUUGUGCCAACAAACCAACCACAAGAGCAGCCUAUGAAUCUGACACAGCCUCACCAGCACACACAGACACAACCAUCAGGGCAAGCCCCUACUCAGCCUCAAGCACCAACCCAACCUCAGCCUCCCAUGGCUCAUGCCUACCCACCAACUCAUGGUCAGCCACCAAGCCAAUCCCAGUCUCAGCCACCUCCAGCAACCCCACCUGCUGCCACCACCACCAGUGAUGCGUCUGCAACAGCACCAAAAGACCCAGAAGAAGAGAGGCUUCAGCGACAACAGGAACAUUUGCUUCAGCUUGAGAGAGAGUGUGUGGAGCUGGAAAAGCUACGUCAGCUUCGUCUGCAGGAGGAGCUUGAAAGGGAGCGAGUUGAGCUACAACGGCAACGUGAGAAGGAGCAGAUGUUGGUACACCAGGAGAUCCAGGAGCUGCAGACCAUCAAGCAGCAGGUCAUACAUCAGCAGCAGGCCGAGAGAGAAAAGCAGCUCGUCUUGCAGAAGGAGCAGCUUGCCCAGCAGAAAGCACAACUUGACCAGAUACAGUCUUUACAGCAACAACUGCAGCAGCAGCUUGAAGAACAAAAGAGACAGAAAACCGCCGCUGCAGCUGCAGCAGCCGUGGCCACAGCCAAUGUCAUUUGCGAUCAAACAGGCAGAAUUAUUCAACAUGAACUGGUCCCAGAAAUGCCAUACAGUGAUUCUCAGCUGGCCUCUAGGUCUUUGCCCAACUCUGCAUCAGAGAUGUGUUUGCGUGAGGAGCAGGAAACCAGGUCUAUGAGGAAACAGAGGUCCAUGCCUCGUCUCCAGGACGGAGAUGGAAGAGAGCCGAUGUUCCCUCUGACACGAAGAAUUGUGGACAGCAGUGUGCAAACAGAUGAAGAGGAUGGCGAGGAGAGGUACCUUAUGUCCAGAAGGAGACGUACCAGGCGUAGCGUUGACUGCAGUGUCCAGACAGACGAUGAUGAGGACAAGGCAGAGUGGGAGCAACCAGUCAGACGCCGGCGGUCCCGCCAUUCCCGCCACUCCGAGUCUGGGGCUGAUGCCAAGACUGACUCCGCAACUGCCACCACCUCCACAGCUGCCAAGGUGUCCUCAUCCAGCAUAGCCAUUCAAACCAUCCGAGACUGUUCUAGUCAAACAGACAAAGAGCAGUUGGGAAGAGUCUCCCCUGCCAUUCAAGUGACUGUGCCUGACCCAAAUAAAGUUGAAAUUGUCCACUACAUCUCUGGCCCUGAGAGGACACAGAAAGGCCAGAGCUUAGCUUGCCAAACAGACACCGAGGCCCAGUCGCAGGGAGUGGUUGUACCACAGAUCAGUGUGGCGACCACCAUCAGUCCCUACUCCACAAGUGUCCAGCUUGUUGGUUCGUCAGAUUCCCUCUCUUCUCGUCAGCAGGCAUCCAAGUUUGAGCGGCGAAAGCCAGAUCCAUUAGAGAUCAGCUACCAGCAGCAGCACCAUCUGCACAAUGAAUCUCUGUCUAACCUGAUCCGGCAGCCACCCAAGUCUCCUCAGGUCUUGUACUCGCCAGUAUCCCCGCUUGCGUCUCCUCAUCGCCUAAUUGAGACAUCAUUCGCAUCCAGUGAAAGGCUGAAUAAGGCUCAUGUCACUCCACAGCAGAAAUCCUAUACUGCAGAGUCACCCCAGAGGCACUCCACUCUGCCUCGACCAAUGAAGAAUGUCCAGAGGUCUAUGUCAGACCCCAAACCUCUCAGCCCAACCACAGAUGACCAUGCAAAGGCCAGGUUAUACCUCUCUCAACAACAGGCACUCCAGAGUCAGCUGGCUGCCCUGCAGCAGAGCUCCCUCCUGAGGAAGGUGAAGCGCACCCUGCCCAGCCCCCCGCCCGACGAGACCCAGCUGUCGAUGGUCACCCCUGCCCUGCCCCAGAUGUAUAUGCCCUCGGUGCCCUCUCUGAAGGCUGGCCGCAGCCCUGGCCUUAUUGCCAAGGCCAGCCUGCUGAAGGACCUGACCCACGAGCUGAAGGCGGUGGAGCAGGAGUCUACCAAGCUCCGCAAGCAGCAGGCAGAGCUGGAGGAGGAGGAGAAGGAGAUUGACGCCAAGCUCCGCUACCUGGAGCAGGGCAUCCAUCAGCGCAAAGAGACUCUGGUGAAGGAGAGAGAGAGGCGGGAGCUGGCGUACCUGCGCUGCAUGGGCGAUGCACGAGACUACAUGUCAGACUCUGAGCUCAACAACCUGCGGUUGGCAGCGGCUGCGGUGUCGUACGAGAGCAACGGCCUGCUGACGAGACCAAGCACGGCGCCCCUCAGCCAGUUUUCCAGUGAGCUGAGUACCGCCGCCCAGUACCCUCCUACUUCAUCAUUCGUCUCCUACCAGUUCCCCCAGAGCCAGCCAGCUCCCGCCCCACAGCCCACAACCCCUUUCCAAUCCACUGGAUACAACCAGCCUCCCUACCCCAGUGUCUCCCAGGCCCAGGCUCUCCCUCAACCUACCCCUCUGCAGACCCAUCAUCCUCCCCCAUCAUACCAGACUCCAGGGACCUUCCCCUCACAAACCUAUCCACCAGGCCAACCUCCUUACCCAACUGAACACAGUGUGCAGCAACCACCACAGCCAGGACAUCCCGGGUUCCAGCAGCCUCCACCCCCUGGUGGUCAACCUCCUUACCCAGCCCACACUACGCCAUACCCGAGCCAGGCACCACCCUACCCGGUCAGCCAGGCAAGCACUUACCAACCUCAGGCUGACAUCCUCACUGUGCACCAGAGGCCCCGACAGACCUCAUUGGCUGAUUUGGAGCACAAGAUGCCCACUAAUUAUGAGAUCAUAAGCAACCCAACAGUUGUUGUAACAACCACUGCUCAAGACACCUCCUACUCUCAGACAGGUAUGGCCGCCUCUUAUGGACAGUAUGCAACAACCAUGGCAACCAGCUAUGGUCCAUACCCCACUGCUGUUUCCAGCACUUACGGAGGCUACCCCACGACCACAGCAAGCUCUUAUGGCCAGUACACUACAACUGCGGCUAGCUCUUAUGGAGGGUACACGACCACUAUCGCUAACACUUAUGGCUACACCACAACUACAGCCAGUUCCUAUGGACAGUACACAACUACAAUGUCUAGUGCAUAUGGCCAGGCGUCUGACCGACUACACUCGGUCGACAGCUCUUCCACCUAUGCCAGUGAUGGUCUGUAUGGUUCCUCUAACCUGGAUCAAAACGGUGCUAAGAGCUAUUUGGUGAUCGAUGACAUCAGCGAGCUGACGAAGGAGGGCAUGGGCACAACCGCUGACCCGCACCGCACCGAGGGUCACGGGCGCUACGGGGGCGACGCCGUCCACACACGAGGAGGGAGCUCCUACGGCCGACCAGAGGACGGGCAGCAGGAAGACCUGUACGACCAUCACCAAGGCAGGGGUAAGAGCACCGGCGGCUACCAUCCGCGAGGGGCAGAUAUGUACGGCCGGGUAGUGGGCAGCGGUAGCAUGGGUGGGGGAUCGUCCUAUUACUAUGACGACUACAAGCACUCGUCAACGACAAGUUCACGUGCAGCCCAGAGGCAAUCGUCCAAGAGUUUGGCUCCAGCUGUAAUGUCCACCAAGAGGAGCAAGCACCGAAAGCAAGGCAUGGAGCAGAAGAUCUCCAAGUUCUCGCCCAUCGAGGAGGCCCGCGACGUGGAGGCUGACCUGGCCUCCUACACCAUGAGUACGGCUGCAACCAGUGGCUACGGUUCCGGCUCCCGUUCCCGAAAGCUCCAGGAUGAGUUCGCUUACGGGCUUGGGCGCAAGGCCGUCUACGACCCUCAGAGGGGCUACUACGAGGAAGACGAGCGACUGUACAGCCAAGGCAGGUCCCGCUCCACCGGUUACGUACCGGUAAUGGACAAGGUCGCAACCAGGGACUCAGGCUAUCGGAGCAGAUCGUACGAGCGGGACUACUAUGAGAGGUCGUAUCGGAGUGGCUACGGUGGCCACAGUGGGCGUCCCACCUUGCGCUCACAGUACUCAGAGGAGGAGAGUCCACUCAGCCCUAUGGGGAAACCCAUGGGUGGACGUGGCUACGUUGGGCCAGAUCCUUACAAUCCAUACGGCUCCAGCCACUCCCUGCCAGACGUGCAGGACCACAUAAGAGACUUGCCCAGGACGCACGUCUACAAAUCUGACGAUAUGUACAUUAUAGACGAUUAUCAUUGUGCUGUGUCAGACAGUGAAGCCUACCACUUGGGCCAGGAGGAAACGGACUGGUUCGAGAAGCCACGCGACGUCCGUGGCUCCCGUCACUAUGGCAGCAGUGGCCACUCCUCGGGGAGGCGGAGCCACGUCAAACACACAUACCAUGACUACGACGAGCCGCCGGAGGAGGAUCUGUGGCCGCAGGACGAAUACGGCCACACCCGCUCCCACUCCUCGUCUCGGGAGCACCGUCACCACGGCACCGGGAGCUCAAGCCGCCACUCAUCCUCCCGCCACGGCGACGAACAACGAUCCUCUCGGUCUUCCCGCUCCUCCAAGGACCCGUCCAUGCGCCACGACUCCCGUUCCGUGUCCUCGUCUUCGGGCAAGAGGGGCGACUCGCGCUCCCAGAGCUACCACUCCGCCGACUACGCGCGCGACCCCUCGGGCCACCACCACUCGGGCCAGCGCUCCAGCAGGCAGUCGUCCCACCACCAGGGAUCUUCCAGCAGGAAGCAGCAGCAGGACCUCCAGGGCCAGCCAUCCUCCAGGCAGCCCGGCUCAUCUGGGUCCAGGACGCCUGGAGGGCCUGCGGGGCAAGGUAGGCAGCCUGGGUCGGCACUGCCACCGGACGCGCAGCAGGGCCAGCGGGCGCAGCUUCAGCAGCAGCCCCAGACGUCGGCGGCCAGGCCGGGCCAGCAGCUGCCUGUAGGGGGCGUUGCAGCACAGCAGCAGCCAACCCAGGCACAGCAACUCCAGGCCAAGCCGGGUCAAAUGGGUCAAAUGGGUCAGAUGGGCCCAGUGGCAGGAGCAGCACAGACACCUGCUGCUAUGGCUGAUCCCAAACCUGCAUCAACCACCGCGAUUGGAGCAAAAGCUGCGACAGCCCAGCCUGCCAAAGCCGCUCAGCCACCGCUCACGGGGAUAGGUUCCAAGGCUGGCAUUGGUGGCAUGGGUGGUAUCGGUGGCAUUGGGUCGAAGGCAGGUGGCAUAGGCAGCGCAGCAGCAGGGCAGCCUGGUGCAGAGGGAGAGAGCUUGCUGUCUAAGGUCCUGCCAUUAGGAGGUGCCGCUGAGCAGGCCGGAAAGUUGGGCGAGGCCAUCUCUGGAUUUGGCAAGAAAUUCACUUCCUUCUUCUGAAGUGCGUCUACAGAGGAUUAAAAUGGAGUUUUGGAGAAGAAGGCUUUGUACUGGAAAAACCAUUGAAGUUUCCCUUCUAUGUUUUAAUUUAAGCAAGUGUGAAAGAGAAUGUGUGAGAUCGAGAGGGAGAGAGGACAUCUGAGUGCACUGCCAACCAGGACCGGAAGCACAGGAUUCCUCACACUCCAGGCCUACGGAGUAGAGAGGCCAGACCGCCUCCCCCUGGCAGACCAGACAAUCGUUGCAAGGUGCCCACCAAUCCAGUUGCCCAUACUCCGGCUAAUGAUCACAUGGCCAAAGAACCGCGCCUUUGACCACCCAUCCUCUACAUUUGGUGACCCCUGACCUUUGCAACUCGAGGGCCUCGGAUAACUCACAGCAGAAGGAGAGCAUACUGCAGGUGUCUUCUUCCAUCUUUUUGCCUACAAGGAAGGAGAAAGCAAGGUGCAGAGAGAGAGAGAGAGAGAGAGAAAGAUGUCUGCUUCCUUCUCACUGUCUCUACGCUGUGGGAGAGUCCAUCAGAGACCUGAGGGCUAACCACAGAAUGGGAAAUCCUUCAAGAGGUCAUCAUUCGACCAGUCCAGAAUCUGGAGUUCACGGGCAUCACGUUUGGGCAAGGCCACACCAGGCACACAUGCUUUAAACACUGCCAGGGUAAGCAAGACAGAGUGUGCCAAAACAGGGGGUCUCUGAUUCCAAACUCCUGUGCUCGGAUUACGAACUCCAAACUCCCCUCUCGUGUGUGAAAGUUUAUUUAAAAAAAAAUGCAAAGAAGACAAAAGAACUUCAUUGGUUUUUCCAGUACUUUAUAAGACCUUCUAUUUUUGACGAAUAGUGGAAUAGCAUUUACAAGGAAGUGGAAACAGAAAAAAAAAGUUGACCACGACAACACAAAUGUCUUCAUUGUAUGCUAAGUUUUUAUCUCUACAUUCCAAAAUGGAAAAAAAAACAAACCCGAUUUAUUUCUGAAUGCAGACUACUUCUCGUUCAUUCUUACUUUUGACCCUCUUGCAAUGUGUUUAAAGAAGUGUAAAAUGGAUUUGGACUGCAUGUAACUUUAUAUCCAAGACCUUACACUGUUCACCAUGUCUAACACACAGUGGCCGUAAGACAUUGAAGAAAAUAAAAUAAAAUAAAGUCAAGGUCGCAAAGAGAGAGAACCUAGGCAAAAAGCAGAAGAUGAAUGCAGUAGACGAACGGCUGAAACGUAGGAGAAAAGAGCGGAGGACUGGCUCGAAGGUGGGAGCCCACUAGGGCCUUGGUUUUCGUCUCUCAGCCAUUGCAAAGCCAUUAAGAAAACCUGGCCAUGACGUCUGGGUCUUGGGAUGGGUCCCAAUACACCCACAACUUAUUUUGCAGUCGUGGAGUUUCUUACAGUUUUGUCACCAUGUUAUUGCGCUUCAUGAAGUUUGCCUCAUUUGCUUUUGGUUGAGGAGAUACAUCGCCUUAAUGCUUUCAGUUGUAUUUUAAUUUAAAAUUAAUUUAAAUUAAUUUAUAUACUUGACAUAUUUUUUAUUCUGUUAUUACCAUAAGGCUUAGUUUCUUCACACUCUGGCCAGUCUUUGUAUAUAUCAAUAAAAAAAAUAAUAAUAGUAAUGUCAGGCCAAUCAUCGGUGGAGAAUAUGUUAAUACUUUUGUAUUUUGAUUUAUGCUUUGUUUUUUUAAGUCUUUAUAUAAAUUAUUUAUUGUUUAUUUUUCCAGUCAUCACUAUUUCUACAAAGGCCAUUCUGCUUAUUUAUGUUGAGUUAUCUUUGUUUGUUUGAAUGUUUUAUUAUUAUUUGUGAAGAUGUAAAAAAAAAAGCAAUAGUGCGUGACGGUCAGUCAGUCAAGAGCACAAGCAUGUGACGUUUCUAAAUUAGUGGUCAGGAAUGUGACACCUCUGACAGUGACUCUGAAAUGCCCUGUUCACUUGUCUCUGGCGGCUCAAAUCUGUCCACUGUCCAACAUAGAACUGCCUCAAGAUUCCCAUUUCCCACAAGGCUUUGCUGUAGCUUGCCUCGUUCACAGAUAGUUACUGUGCAUUGAAUCUCCUAAAUCCCCUAUAGUCCGUGGGAAUGGAUAACCAACAAAAAGAGAGAAGUUGGAAUUGCCCAUCCUCCUAAAAGCUGUUGUGAAAUAGUCUCAGACACCAAAAGGGCACAUAUCUGGGAACUGAGGGUUCCUACUGUAUGGUGAUCUACUGAUUCAUACUGACAGAGGUCUCCUCUCAGGUCUGGUUUCCUCCAUCUUCUAUGGGCUCUGGCACUGUCUGUUCAUACAAAUCUUUGCUUGAGAGGGCUUGAGAGGUGAGUGGACAGAAUUGGGCCCCAAAUGACAUGAUCAUGUCUCUUGUACGAUCAAGCUAGGAUCAAGCAUGUUUUGGAAAAAAAAGACUUCAGUCACCUUGAUAUCGUUGUACGUUUCCUGUUGGUACUGAGUGUAUGUGUGUUUGUGUGCCUGGGUGUGUGUUUGUAAACAUGCGUGUGUAUGCGUGUUUCUGUUCAUUCAAAAACAAACAGAAAAUGAGAUAGGAAAAAAUCAAUCAAACACAGGGGGAGGUCAAGAACAAGUCUUCAUUUUAAAAGUUCUAUGCAAUGAUUACUAUUUGGUUUCAAACAGAAUAGAAACACCAUCAAAUAAAACACAACCCUUGUCAUAUCUAUGGAAAAUACAAGAAUCAUUUUAAAGCAAACAUGAAGUUAAAAGGAUUGACUUGUUUGUAAAUAGCUACUUAUAAUGUCAGGAAUUGAACUAUUAAAACAAAUCUCUCUCUCUAUAUAUAUAUAUAUACAUAUAUAAAUAUUUAUUAUUUCAUUUUGAAUUUUCGUGGCAUGAUUGAACCCCCUCUCACACAUUCCUUACAUUGGACCCCUGGCAGAUGGGGUUUCCAGUGUCCACCAUCUUCACGCAUGGGUUUAUUGGUAGCAUGGAAGUCCCCAUCGUACGGUUUUGGUCAGCAGUGUGCAAGUAACCUAAACUCCAGCAUUCGGCUGCCAGAUUAUGCACUUGUUAUUCCAUUAUUUAAAAAAAAAUUAUAUAUGAAUAUAUAUUCAUAUCUAUGAAUUGACACAGGGCCUACAUUUCAAAAUAGAUGUAUAAAUGAAUGAAGAGCUAUAUUGGAAAAUAUAGAAAUAUAAGUAAGAAAAAAGAUGGAGAUAAUAUAUUGUGUACAGCUAUAUAUAAAAUAUAAAAGGGACAAAUCAGCAAUGAAAACCAAUUUCAAACUAAUCUCAUAAACAAAGGAAUGCCCACAUAUGUUGACUUGGUCAUGAUCUAGCGUCACUAAUUGUCUGUAGUUCAUUCCUUUUUUGGGGCAUUUGAACUUAAAACUGCAGGCUAUGGGAGUUUUUGUGCAAUAUGAAGCAUGGCUGGAAUCCACUCUGGCAGCUCUGCUCCAGACGUCUUUUUCAACAGAUUUUGACUUCUUAAACUGCCAGACGUCAUUCCAGUCAUUGUUAUGAACCUAUCUGCCCCAGAAAGGCUGUGGACUGCAGACAGUACUUCAGAGCAGAAAGACAGAGACUGUGCGCUCACAAGCAGAGCCCUGACAACUCGCUGGUUCACCUCUAAUCCUCGCAAAUACUAUGGGUGUGUCACACACUGCCUUUACAAUAGAUAGGACAGACUGAAGGAGAUGUGUGCAGUGUGUCCUGUCAUCGUAUUAAAAUUUCAAGAUGAAAUCUAGAGAAACAACUGACUGAUUUAUACGUGUAUGCUUGCGAUAUAUGCUUGUCCAUGUAUCAGAUUAUUCCUUGUAUACAAUGUUCAGAUUCAAAUCAUACCUUCACAGUAGAAAUGUGAGUGGAAGGGGCCUUUGUCAAAUUAACAUGACCAAGUAACUAUAUGUGUUCAUCCCACAACAUGCAAAUCCACACUGUACUGCUAUGUAUAUGUUGCCAUAAGUUAGAUGUAUAAAGAUUUACAUAUUUUUUGUAACUACAAAUUUAUUAAAUAGCAAUCUGAAUAUUAUUUUAUCAUAAAAUAAAUAGAUGUGUUGGUACACUGAUAUAUCUAUAGGGCAGAAAAUAUGAAUUGAGAGUAAACCUUUAUCAUUAUAUCUUUAUAAAAAUGGAAGUAAAAUAAGCAGUCAUCAUUCUCAUUUAUCAUAUGUGAGCUUAGUAACUUUUUUUUCCAUAAUAACUAUGUUUUGGCUAUCCCUGUUGUACCACUGAAAUGGCACACUGCCAAAAAAACAACUUUCUCAGAUGUAGUCUGUCUAUACGAGUUCAGAAUCACAAAACCGGUCUUUAGCAGUUGAGCUGUGAAAAAGGUCAUUGUAUUUAAAUAUUGUUUGUUACCAUUUAGAAUGACUGGUGUGUCAUGUGUCAGAGGACGUUUAUUCUUGUGUUCAAUCUCUUUUUGCCUCAGGAAAGCACACACUAAAUGCAGCAAGGCGAAUCAAAAAUGGGGACGGCAUAUGCAUCGCAGUAAGGGCUUAAUACAAUACUGGUCAACAGAGAAAGCCAUUUUCUUACCGUCCUGUCCCAUCCUGAACAACUGUUGCCUGGACUAUGUGGGCCUCUGACGUCAAGAGUUUGACUGGGGAAUAUAGACCCAUGUCUAUUUUUUUUUUAUGCCAACCAAAAACAGUAAUACUCUCGCAUGUGAUUAGCAUUGUAGCUGUGCUGAUUUGCUCCUUGUCUGGGUCAACCUGGGUGGGUAGCCUACAACAACAAAGAGCCGCAGAGUUGAACCCAAAUAGUGUUUUUGCGGGUGAGACCGAUAUUAAUCCUAUGGCUCGGACACAUUCCAUAGACAACCCACUUCCCCCUUUGUGCAUCCCCAUCCAUUACUACCAUCAGGGAAAAACAUCAUCGUACACUUGUCUUCUUUUUGUUUUGUAUUUGUUCAUAAAAAGUAACAAGUGCAUGACCUUUUGCAGCAGGCCCCCCUGUUUCUCCCCCAGUGCCAACUGGAAGCCCAAGGGCAGUCAUUUUCCUCACUGUAAAUACCAGGAAAAAGAGUUAUGAACAGCUCUGUAAAACAUGUAAAUCUCACGUGUACAACGAUCACCGGGCAUGGACAACGUGUAGUGUAUGUCACACAGACCGACCUGCCAAAUGAUGUGCUUUUUGUGUAUAAAAAAAAUAAAAAAUUAAAAGAUAAAAAUGACACAUUGUUUCCAAAAACGAAUUAAAACAAAAAAAGCAUAUGUGUGUAUGUGGCCAGCUCGUGCAGAAAAUUUAAAAGUUGUAUUUGGAAACAUUAUUGGUCUGUGUAGAAUUUCUAUACAUGUUGUGUUUGUAAAAUGGGAUGAGAAAGAGAGAAAAAAAAUCUUUCACAAGAAAGACCCUGGCUUCCAUCUAAUUUUGAGUAGGGGGAUGAAUGGAAUAAGAAAUUCAAAUGAAAAAAAUUAAGAGAGAAGUAAAAAAAACUAAAUGAUUUUGAAAACGAAAAUGUUACAUUCACUGUUGUAAGUGCAAUGAGCUAUAAUUCAUGUAUCCAUCGUAAACCUUGUGUAUGUUUCAGUGUAUUCCUGUAAGCAGUUGUAGUAGACUUGGUGCAUCAUGUCAUGUAAUGUGAUGAAUGAAAUAAUGAUCCUACAAUACAUUUCAAUCAGGAAAAAAGAAUAAACGAGAAUUUGAGAAAUCA